AAGUACUGCCCCUCUCAGGGGGUUUGUACUUCCAUUCAAUGUACUGCCCCUCUCAGGGGGUUUGUUCUUCUAUCCAAUGUACUGCCCCUCUCAGGGGGUUUGUACUUCCAUACAAUGUACUGCCCCUCUCAGGGGGUUUGUACUUCCAUACAAUGUACUGCCCCUCUCAGGGGGUUUGUACUUUCAUCCAAUGUACUGCCCCUCUCAGGGGGUUUGUACUUUAAUUCAAGUACUGCCCCUCUCAGGGGGUUUGAACUUUCAGUCGAGUACUGCCCCUCUCAGGGGGUUUGUACUUUCAUCCAAGUACUGCCCCUCUCGGGGGGUUUGUACUUCAAUUUUAUGUACUGCCCCUCUCAGGGGGUUUGUACGUUCAUUCAAGCACUGUUCCUCUCAGAGGGUUAGUAUUACCAAAUGCCGCUUCGAAUCUGUCCAUCUUUGCAACAACUGUUAGAACCUUUUUCGUGAUUUCACCCGCUGUCACCUACACGACUUUUCGAAACGUUUAAGAAAAUAUCAUUUCAGCAAACACUCUUUUUCUGCAAAUAAUUUCCCAUCAUUCUGCAAACAGCGUGUCAUCAACAUUCGGCGAAAGUCAUGUAAAUAUUCCCUCGCCAAUUUGGGCCAUAAUUGGCCCUAAGCAAGGUCGUGUAAACGCAAACAAAUAAAUAAAAAAAAUAUUUCUUCAGAAAAAAAAAAAACUGAAUGGAUUGCCAUCAGUUCCAGACCUAGGGCACCAAAAUAUCAACGAUUCACUUUUUCAAUUGCACAAAAACGCCAUUUUUUUUAUGAUUCUGCCUAGGAUUUCCGUAAAUUCAAAUAAAAUCCUUUUUUUUACCUUCAUAUUUACAUUCGGAAGUCCAACCUACCUUAAACCGCGCCAUUGUCGUAACCGGUGGUCUCGUUGUACCACUCUUGUACCAUUUCAACCUCUCCAGACACUCCAACAGUCACACAACCGUACUUUAACCUGUGCUUUAACAUCCGUUCGCUAAUGCAAUCUCGUUCAAACUGAAUUCCAUAGCCUGCUUUUUUCAACCAACCUAUUUGACUGCCCUCUCUUUUUCUCUCGUAUUUCGCUACAUACUCACUCUUCACAAUCAGUAAUUUUCUGUCUCUUACGCUCAAAACUAUAUUUUUUAUCACUGGGUUAAUUGUUCUUUUUCUAGCACUGAUACAAAUUAUCAGUUUAUCUUUAUUCUUUGAAUCCGAUUUAUUUUUCUUUUCCGAAUAUACACUCUCUUACUUCUAUUCACUACAGGGUGCAGGUUUGAUGGUCCGGAAGGGGAAUUUGCCGGUCGAGACAUUCGCGGCAACAGCAGCACAUGAUCCAGAUCUCCGUCGGAAACAUCCCGCAUCUCCUCGAAAGCGUUGGACCUGUUUCCCCAAUCGGCUAAGGGAUCCUAAAGGAACCGUAUUUAAUCAACUUACUAAACCAACUGACGGAACUUUGGUGUCACCGGAUGAGCUGCUCAGUAUUUUUAACAUGAAAGUUAUCCAGUUGUUCGAACACUACGGAGCCUACGAUUGCAUCAACGUGCUGGCCCAAAUUGCCAACUUCGGUUCACAGCAAGCAACAGGCUAUGUUUCAAAGUAUCGAUUUCAGUGCCCACAUGGAGCUGGGGCACUAUGAGUAAGGUACCAUUCGUUGGUGUACAACUGUGAGCAAACUCAGAAGAAGGACUACUUGAAGCAGCUUGUGUGGCGUUAGUUCCAGGCAAAAAAGUUCAACAUACUAAUCGAGCUACUCUACUGGGCUGGAAACUGAUUUCCAAAACAUCAUGUAAUUGCACGCUCUAUCCGUGAAAAUAUCCGAAAAUAGUCACUAGGACUUUCUGUAUUCGUUCUACAUUCUCAAAGGUAAUAUGCGAAAGGCAGCAGCUCUCAUUGCCUACGAAAAAGCCAUGCGUUGUCAGCUGGAGUGCAACUCGCUCGUAUUUCUGAAGAUGCGUUGCGAAGUGCUGCUCAAGUGCAUCAAUGCGCUCAAUCUAGCGGCAUCGGAUUAUACCUGGAUUGUGAAGCCAUCAGUUUCCACAUAUGGCGGUGCUACCAGAUUAGAAGAAUCGGACACCAAAAUCGUGAUUGUUGAUCUGGUAGAUAUUCGGAAGGAGUUAAUAAUAACCCAGACGGUGUUGGAAAUUUUCAAACAGCUGGACGACUAUAAAGCUGUGCUGAAUGUCGAUACCAACGAGCUGCUGGUGAUUUUAGCUAACGCUAAACUGUAUACCACGGCCUUCAAGCUGGCCAACAUGUUGGGCAAAAGCCUCACUAUGAUCUAUGAAAGCCUGGCAGCAUCCUGCGCUAUGUGCGCUUGCAGGAAACUGCGGACAAUUUUGAUUGGCUGCAUAAAAACGAAGAAUCUGUUCUAAGCUCAGACAUACCCGAAACGACUUGGAACUUUUUGAUGCUUAGUCUCGAGAAUGAAACAAAGGACGUCGAAGCCUGUUAUCUCGCCGUGAUGAAUCAAAUCAUUGCCAAAAACGGUAUUUCACCUCAAAGGUUGACGGACUAUUGUAUGAACAAGGCGCCCACCAAACUAGAGGAAGCCUUCGAAGUCUCCGUCAAACUUAUCCAGGCGCAGCUGCAGCAGAAGCUCGGUCACGACGUUACACUUCAAUCGAUUCUCAUUUCCGAUUACGCUCAUCGAUCGGUUGUAGUUUGGGUUGAGCAAAGAUGCUAAAUUCAAGCAGCAAACAAAUUUACUGAACCGAUAAGCUGGACUGCAUUGCUAAAUUUCGUGUUCAUUCCCCAAUGAAAAUGCUGAUAAUUUCGUUAGUUCCAACGCAAGUUUUAUAAAAAGAAAACUUAUAAACUAAAUAAAACGAUAGCAUUUAAUAAUUGAAUAAAUAAUAUUAUCUUUAAGAGAUAAUAA